CAAUACAAUGAGGAAACUGAUUAAUCAUACAUCGUCAUAAGUUACUCACAACUACAAAUAUUAUUGCGCUGUUACUUUUAAGAUAUGUAUAAGCAACAAAAAAGUUACAGAAUAAUGGAGUUCAUGUUGACAUUUAUUGGAAUAUUUCUUGUUGUAGCAGUAAAUUCGAAAAGCACAACACUCUCGAAAGACCAGGACAAUUUACAUGCGGGUAUAAACAAGAAUUUACUUGAGGAUAUAAAACGUCUUGCUCUGUCAAACAACUACAAAUUGGAUCAUAAAGCAAAUUAUAUACAAACAAAUAUCAAAAAGAAAACAGACACUAUGAAAGAUUCUGAUCCGUCAAAGAGUCAAGAGUGGCAAAAAACUGAUGACACAUAUUUUAAAAACACUAACAAAGAACUACAUACAUCAGAUCUAGAACAGUCAGUAAAAAAGGCACAUAGUGAAACUUUUGAAGAGAAAAACAGUAUACUAAAACAUUCAGGCGACAAAGCCAAUUUGAUUCCAGACCAAGAAGGCGAAACUUCAAAUACAGGUGAAAACGAGGAAGCUUACGUAAAUAAAGCUUAUAUUGCUAAUAAUGAUAUAGACGAGUCAGAGCUGAAAAUAAAUAACCAGAUAAAGUCCACUAAGAAAAGUGAAAUUUCACAUUCAACAGAAUAUAAUGAAUCUUUGUCUACUGAUAAAGGAAACGGGAAGUCGCGUGAAAAUGUGAAAACGGAAAAUAAAGGAGACGGAGUAACAGACGAAAAUGUGUUGAAGGAAAAACUAAAAGUAAAAAUUCCAGAGGUAUCCGAAAACGGUAAACCGAAGUUUUAUGACCAUGAACAACAAUCUGAUAACAUUAAACAAACACAAAAUGAAACAGAAGGAGAAGUUAAUAAAGAGGGGAAGGAAGAGGAAAAAAUAAAUAGUUCAUACGCAUCAGAACAUGAUAUUCCCAAACUUUACAAUGAUAAAAUAGAGAAAAUACCAGGGAAAGAAAGAAAUGAAGAUCAGGAGGUAAAGAAAGAAAAGGAUUAUUUAAAACAGGAUAUCAAAAAUGGUGUAAAAGAGCACAGUCGUAUACAAUACAACGACACUGGUAUAAAAAAUGAACAUGUUAUGUUGUCAUAUGCAGUAACAAAACCAACUAACAAACAUGAACGUGUUAGAGUAAACCCAGAUAAUGGUAUGACUGAUAAUUCUGAGGCAACAAUCCGUGAUAAAUAUUAUACUAUUCCGAUGCAGGAAACUGAUAAAACGGUCUUAAACGAGCAGAUGCUCGAUAAGCAUACGGAAAAUGUGAUAAAACCCGAAACUAUUUCAAAUGAAGACACAACUACAAAAAGUACUGAAAAUGCAGUUGUGAGCAAAUUUACUGAAUUCCGAAAAAGCACUUCCAAUAAUCCUACAAUGUCAAAACAUACAAGGCCCUUCUUUAGUUCUCUUAAGAAGGGGCAAAAUAAUUUGACUGUAAAUGAACGAAAAGGUACAUUAACUACAACGACGUUCAAAGAAGAACUGAAAAAUGAUCACGUGCGUCCAAUGCCGCCAAAGAAAUCAAAACCACAUCGACUACAAAGUACAACUAAUAAGAAAGUUACUGAAAGUAAAGCUAAUAUCAAGUCAGAAAAGCUAUACAAGACUACUCAGCCACAACAACCGACUGUGACAAGGCAUACAACAGUUUCAACCACGAUUUUUAAAAGUCCCAGUGGCAACUCAUUGUCAUUUGGUCCUGACAAAAAUGAAACCAUUAAGAAAACUGAAAAUGUAGCAGCCCAAAACAGAAAUAUACACGAUAAUCAUAAACUGAAGACAACAACUACCAAUGCAAAACCAACAAAGAAAAUUCAAAGAACUUUAUACAAAGCAGAAAAGACUCACAUAUAUCAUGAAAAUAGCCUCGCUGAACAAAAUUCGAAAGAUGAACGUAUUUCAGAAGACCCAUGCCAAGGCAGAAACGACCCUUCACGACAAUACACAGGGUCAGCUCUAGUAGCAGCUACUGUCGGCGGGGUGUUUGUUGGUGCAUUUGCUGUUCUGGUGUUGUUUCAUCUGAGACAGAAGUGCAAGAAAUAUGUGAAUGGUGACUACAGAAGGGUUCCAAUGGAAUAUGACUUUGAACUUAAUCCAAGAUUUAAAGCCCAUUGAUCAGUAUAUUACAUCACGAAGGGUGAAUGCGAACGAAAUCUAAGUGUGUUUUUAUCUAUAUGCUGUUGCGCUCAGACUUCUGUCGCAUUCACCCCUAAAGUUAACAGAGUAUGAAAAUCUGUAAAACGAUUUUGGAAACAUAGAAUGCUACCAAGCCUCGGUUUGAUUGAUUCUGUUCAUGAGAGGUAAUGAAAUGUGCAACACCUCUCACUUAGUGCUGUUAUAUCAGCAUUUGAAUGAUAAUGAUUUAGACCAAUUUCUAUUUAAGAACUUUGCUAAGCACGUAAAAUGAUGACAAUACUAGUACUGGGAGAUAACCUAUAAAGUGAACACUUGUUUCCAAAAUGUGCUGUAAUACGAUGAAACAUAUGGAUCAGGUGAAGAAAAUAAUCAGGAAGCGUAACAAAGAAAUUUUUAUACAUGCAGUCGCUGUCAGACUAUUUUCAGACAUGUUUGUCCUUUCAAUAUGCCUAUGAAAUCUAUAUAUUCCAAAGACGGAAUAUUCUAGAGUCUGUAUUUAUCAACGUUUACUGUCAAAUGUUAGACGCAAGGAUCCCUGUUGAAAAUCAUGUAGUUUAAUAUAUACAGCUGAAAUCAAUGAACAAUAACUUAUGUUUUAGAGUUUUCAAUAAUAAAUAAAAUAUUAUCUAAAGUAAA